AUGUCGACAACAAAGUUCACUAGGAGUGGAACACAGACGAAAACAUAUGUAGAACUGUUAUGCACCCCAUCUUUUGGAGGUGGAUUACAUGAAAUAUUUACUUUUUUCUCAGCAGUGCACAUUCUCCUCUCCAUCACAGCAUUCCUUACAAAUUAUCUCAUCAUUGUUGCCCUUCACAAGGAGUCUUCCCUCCACCGACCGUCCAAACUCUUGUACCGUUCUCUGGCAACAACUGACCUGUUAGUUGGUCUUGUUGCCCUACCUCUCUAUGCUACUUAUUGGAUGUCCUUAGUUCAGGAACACUGGAGCCUUUGUCAAUACGCAUUUGACGCAGCCUACAUCACGGGGUAUGCAUUGUUUUUAGUGUCUUUGAUGACGAUGACGGCUAUAAGCGUGGACAGACUUCUCGCCCUGUUGUUGGGUCUAAGGUACAAACAAAUUGUAACUUUGAAGCGCACAUAUAUCAUUGUAGCUACCAUCUGGAUUUUAUCUCUUGUCUCUUCUUUAUGCGCUUUACUUGAUGAUCGUAUA